UUCUUUCUUUAGACGCGACGCCAAAUUCGCGUACAAUUUAAUACAGCGUGAAACCUCCUGUGUAACGACAUCGCGUGUUAACGAUUUUUGAAAAUUGUAGGGUAUAAUUGAACUUUAUUUACAUCGAUAUAGAGUCCCUGCAAAAGGGUAGAAACAACAACAUGAGCGGUGACAAGAUUGAUAUGAGCCUUGAGGACAUAAUUAAGACAAACAGAGGAAAUCGUGGCGGUAGAGGAGGAAGAGGAAGAGGUGGAAACCGUGGCAGGGGACGAGGUAGCGGCGGCGGUGCAGGUCGUGGUGGCCGUGGAGGCCGGGGUGGAGGAGGCGGAGGCGGCGGCGGCGGCGGCGGACCGAUGAGAAGACAAAGAGGUGGUGGCGCUGGCAGAGCUGCGCCAGGCCCAUACUCACGGCCUAAACAGAUGCCUGAUCAGUGGCAGCAUGACAUGUACAGUGAAGGAGGAGCUGGAGCUGGAAUCAGGAGACAAGGGGCUGGAUUGACAACCGCAGCAAACGCAUCCGGAAAACUGCUCGUUUCAAAUUUGGAUUUUGGUGUUUCAAACAACGAUAUUGAGGAAUUAUUUGCCGACUUUGGAAGCCUGAAGAAAGCAGCAGUACAUUAUGACAGGACUGGAAGAAGUCUUGGUACAGCAGACGUUGUCUUUGAAAGAAGAGUUGAUGCCAUGAAGGCCAUCAAACAGUACAACCAAGUGCCAUUAGAUGGUCGAGCGAUGAAUAUUCAGCUAGUGGCUUCAGCCAAUGAGAUUGAUCCAAGCCCGAUGCAGUCAAGACCGAGACAGCAAGGGGGAGGAGGACGAGGAGGAGGAGGAGCGCGAGGAGGAGGAAGGGGAGGAGGAGGAGUACGUCGUAAUCAGGGAGGCAACAAUCAAGGGGGUUACAACCAGGGCAGACGGGGUGGAGGAGGAGGGGGAGGACGAGGAGGUGGAAUGAGGGGUCGUGGUGCCGGAGGUCGAGGGAGAGGAAGGGGUCGAGGUGGUGCAGGAGGUAAUAAACCUACUCCAACUGCAGCUGAAUUGGAUGCUGAAUUAGACGCGUAUAAUUCACAGAUUGAAAGCUAGACAGAGUUCAGAUGUACAUGCCAGCUACAGUACCAUAUCAGGCUGGGACAAUGACGAUCAGCUUAUUUCCUCUUUUAAUUGGUAAUUCUGUAAAAAAAAAAAAAAACAGUAUUCCAAAUUGUGUUUUUGAUCAAAGGGUAUGAUACUAUCGAGUUGGUUCCUCUUUAUUCCUUUUAAUUUUUUUUUUUAGGUCAUUAAAAUUUCACUGAUGAUUGUAAACUUGAUAUUAUGUUCAUGAUACCAGGCUACAUAGCAACUUACUAUCAACUAUGUCGGAUCAACUUUCAUGUAUUAAUUUUGUACAUAAAACUUAGCACUAUUCAUACAUGUAUGAGUUAAUGAGUUGGUAAAAUGCCUAAAGGAUGCCAUGAUAUAAGAUACACGGAUCAAUGACUAUAUUUAGGGACAGUGCUGUUCACAGCUGUGUAUUUUGACCCUGCUUUCCAUGUUCAGUGUAUUUUUAUGUUGCAGUGGCAUUCACAAAAAGGUGGUUUAAUGCAUUAUGUCUGAAUAGGGCUCUGAAUGUGAUAUAGAUUUUUCAUGUGUAAGAUCUCUUUGAUGUUUCACAGAGACCACCCUAGUCUAUGACCUUCCUUGUCAAUGACUUUGUAAAUGCUAUGUUGAUCUUUCAGACAAAAUGUGAAUCAAUUACUUUCUUGGUCCUGAAACCCAAAGCAGAGCAAUUGAUUGUACGAUUGAUAACUUUGUGCAAUCAAUCUCAAAAAGUCAAUUGUCCGAUCCUUUGCUAAGCUUUGUGUUACGGAACCCUGCAGCCAAGGUUUUCUCGGCAUAACUUUCAGUGUAAGCAAUGUAGAUGAUAUGACUAAGUACCAUGGAACCGCUUACACCGUUUUUCAGUUAUUGCUAUUUGCUGUAUCGUCUCCAAUUCAGGAACUUGUUUUUAUUGUAUCCCUAUUGCACUGUCAUCUUUUAAUGAUGUACAUGUACUUUGUUCCCUUCCCCGGCUUGUCCCUUGAAGCGCAACUGCUUGUACAGUCAGUUAUAAAGGUUUGGAAACCGCUUAAUUCUUGGUUGAGCAUUAUCUUGUUCAUAUCAUGUAUCUUUUGCCAACUAAACACUGUAAGGUGGAAGAAACAAUGUAGUUUGAUAUUACCUAUAUUGAAACACUUGAUGAUGCUAGGUCAGGAAAAGAUGAGACAAAGAGAGAGAGAGAGAGAUAUGGGUCUUGUUGUGUGAUAUAAGUAUUGUAAAUAUUUGUCCAUUUUCCUGUACAGCAGGUAAUUUUUUUUCCUAAUAUUAUAUUUUACACAUACAAAAAAGACAAAAACCUUUUGAGUAAUAUGUAGAGAAUGAUAUUGUGAUGUGUGUAGUGUACCUUUUUUAUAAAGCGGUUUUAAUUCUUGUUCUGUAUAGUAACGCUUUGAUCUGCAAGUUGAAUAUUUUUAAUCGUAGUACAUACAAGUAUAGUUUUUUGUGUUUUUUAAAGAUAUUAAUAGUGACUUUGAAAAGGACACAAUUAGGUGCGUAGCUUUACCCCUUAUUUCUUUUCCCAACAAGUAUGCCUAUUUAUUGCAUUUAGGUUAUUAUUCCAAGGCUAGUGAGUCCAUUUUCAAGCCCUGGAUUACAUGCUUGCACUGGAGAUCAUAAAGGGCAUACUGUAACUUAUCCUACGAUAAUUUCUAACAGUAUAAAUUUUAUAUAACCCAUAACUACACCAUCCUUUGUAAAUUCUUGGAAACGUCUAGUCCAGAAGAAUUCUUGUCUAUUUCUUGUGCUACACAUUCAGAUCUAGACAAUGAUCCUUUUCUUUUAUUUACUUCAAGAGUGGUGAGAAUCCAUUAAUAGAAAGGAGCAAUUUAUGAAGGAAAAAAAGGUGAUUUUGACAACAUUUUCUAGUCUGCUCGUAUAACAUGAUUGAUAAAAGACUCUUUCUGGCCAUUGUAUAGAGAUAUCAGGAAGCAACAUCUUCAAUCUGGAACAUAAUGGUCAAAACAUGUCUAAUGGUAUGAUGCAAGUGGAGAAAGAAAAGUUUUAAAUGACCAAUGGCUGAUAUGGCACUGUGAUUGUACUUUUAUAAUUACCCUCAAAUCAAAAGAUUCAUCAAUUAGUCCUGUGAGUAGUAGGCUUGAAUCUAGUCUGUUGUCAUAAUGUCCCUUUGUGUAAGACGGUAUCCCCAAAGCUAGUGUCAUUGGCUUCGUGGAAAAAUACACAAUUAUGCUCCUCUUUGAUAUAAAACAAUUUACUGUUAAGAAGAUCCCCUUUAUGUCUUGGUGAAGAAAGAAAAAAACGUACCAUACUGUGAUGAUGUCUUUUGCAUCCGUCACUUUGUAAAAUUUCUUGUUAAUAAAUUGAUCAGCGAGUAGUUGGA